CUCUCUCAUUCAUCUGUCCAUACAGGCUCACAGACAGGUCUGCUGUCUCCUGUUUUCUCUCUCUCUCUCUCUCUCUCUCUCUCUCUCUCUCUCUCUCUCUCUCUCUGUGUGUGUCUGUCUUUCUGUGUCUCUCAGAAUGACAAUUCUAGGCAAAGCUUUUGCUAUAGUUUUCUAUUUAGUUCAUGCUGUUUCUGGAGAAAGUGGCUAUGCACAGAAUGGAGAUCUGGAAGAUGCGGAGUCAGAUGCAGAUUACUCGUUCUCCUGCUAUGCUCAGUUGGAAGUGGAUGGAUCCCAGCACUCACUGACUUGUGCUUUUGAUGACCCAGAUGUCAACAGCACCAACCUGGAAUUUGAAAUUUGUGAGAGCCUUUUACUGAUAGAUUGCUUGAAUUUUAAUAAACUGCCAGAUGAGAAAUAUUUCAUCAAGACAAAUAAAUUCUUAAUGAUUGGUAAAAGCAACAUAUGUGUGAAACUUAGAGAAGAGUAUCUAGCCUGUAAAAGAGUGGAAAUAGUCCAUAUAGUUAAACCUGAGGCUCCUUUUGACUUAAAAGUUACCUAUCGUCCAAGAGCAAAUGACUUUGAAGUGACAUUUAACACAUCACACUUGCAAAAGAAAUAUGUAAAACAAUUAAUGCAUGAUGUAGCCUACUGCCAGGAAAAAGAUGGAAACAACUGGAUGCAUAUGAAUAUAACCAACACGAGGCUGACACUCCCACAGAGAAAGCUACAAUCUGAUGCAAUGUAUGAGAUUAAAGUCCGGUCCCUUCCUCACAGUGACUACUACAAAGGCUUCUGGAGUGAAUGGAGUCCAAGUUACCACUUCAAAACACCAGAGACCAAUAGUGAAGAAGAGAUGAAUCCUGUUUUACUAACUAUCAGCGUUACCAGCUUUAUUUCUGUGGGUCUGUUGGUCAUCUUAGCCUGUGCGUUAUGGAAAAAAAGGAUUAAGGCUAUUGUAUGGCCAAGUCUUCCUGAUCACAAGAAGACUCUGGAACAGUUGUGUAAGAAACCAGAAAAAAAUUUUAAUGCGAGUUUCAAUCCUGAAAGUUUUUUGGACUGCCAGAUUCAUAAAGUUGAUGACAUUCAGUCUAGAGAUGAAAUGGAAAACUUUCUGCAAGACACUCUUUCUCCACCACUAGAGGAGUCUGAGAAGCAUGAGCCUACCAGGAGUAUACAUGGACCUAACUGCCCAUCCCAGAUUCCAGUUACCACUUCAGAAACUCUCAACAGAGAAUUAUCUUUUGGAUGUCCUGCUGGAAAUGUCAGUGCAUGCAGUGGCCCUAUGCGCCCCUCUUUCUGGGCUCCAGACUGCAGGGAGGGUGUCAGAAGUGGCUCUCAUGUGUACCAAGACUUGCUGCUUAGUCCUGGAACUGUAGACAACACUGUGCUCCAACCAUCUCCUCACCAAUCAGGACUGCUGACAUUGAAUUCAGUUGUUCAGGGACAGCCCAUCCUCACUUCUCUGAGGCAAAAUCAGGAAGAAGCUUAUGUCACCAUGUCCAGCUUUUACAAAAAUCAGUGAAUGAAAGAAGACUCAAGACAGUCCCUAUUAUGGCUGAUGGUAAUGGCCGGGAGCAAAGUCUACAGUUUUUAUUCUACUUGUACAUCUACAUACAGAGAAGGCAAGAUUAAUGUUACCCAACAACAGUGCUUUGACCUGCUUCAGUUGCCUCCAACACAAGGGAGGAGCGUUUUGCUUCUGCCAUGUUGAUUUGGUCAUGUAGCUUCAUGGGACCCAGUGAACUCACUGUAUAAGCCUUUAAAAAAUCAGGAGUGACUAAAAGAAAAAUUGAAAGAAAGGACAGAAGGAUGAGGAAAACAGGAAGGGAGUAAAGGAAGGAAGAAGGGGUGGAAAUGGGAAUGACAGUUAUUAUUAUGAAAACGUAAUUCAAAUCCACCAAAGUGCCAAGGGCACUGCACACUUCACCUCAUUCCACACUCACAAUAAUCCUGGUAGGUAUGGAUUAUAAGCAUCAUUAUUAUUCCUUUUGUUGUAGGUGAUGAAAUUGACACUGAGGGCUUAAGAAAUUUACCAAAGCAGUACAUUAAGUGAGAAUUAGACCCAAGAUCAAUUGCCCAGAGUCAGACUGCAGUCCCUCUAUAGAUGAGCUUCAUCUUGCCUACAGUGUGUCCCAUUUUUUAGUUCCACAAGUAAUUGGGCAGCUAUAUAAUUUAUUAUCCAAACUGGAUCACUUUUGAGAGUAAAAGGGAAAGUUAUAAGCAAUAACCCAGGCCAAACAUAAACUGGGAUUGUCCCAUAUGAAUAGGGAUACAUAUCACUCAUUAUGUCAGUUAAAAUUUCUGUGAUAAAGAAAGUGGGAUGAGGAGAUAAAUUGAUGUAUGAGUCUGAAGAGCAAUGGCCAGUCAUAUCAAGAAGGGGAAAAAGGCCAGAAAAGACUAUUAAGCCAAUUUGAUUUUGUUUUAUGAAAAUGAUGUCAGGAGAUCAUACAAUUAGAAGCCCAGAAUUUCUGUUGCUAGUUAUCAAGACCAGGAUUCUUUGCUGCUACCCCAAGUACAUUUAUCCAGGAUCACAGAAGAACAUUAUCACUGGCCCUGAACUGUGGGACACCUGACAAGGAAGCCAAGUCAAGACACUUGGUUAAACCCACUCCCUUGGGCUACAUGUCCCCAGGAUCACACGGAGCAGAGGUGGCCCAGGAAAGUAAAGAUGGGUUAAGGGUUUUAUUUGGUAUCUACUGUUACUUAUGUAUUAAAUUUUCUUCUUUUUAUUUUAUUUUGUUUAGAGAGAUUAUGUGCUUUUAAUUUUUAAAAAUAUUUUUGUGUUUGUCUUGUGCUACCUGUGAAAAAAGUUUACAUGGUGGACUAAUGGACCCUAUCUACUGCAGUAAGGCCUAGCCAUAAUCAGAACAUUUUAUUCUUCAAGUGAAUAUUUUAUCUUCCCAAGUGUUUUGCUCUGAAAUAGUCCUAAGGAAUACAAUACUAUAGUUGUUUAAAUUUUCUUGGUUCUUUUUUUAUUUUCACAGCACUUCUACAAAUAUUCUUAUCUCCUUGACAAACACAGAAAGCCUGCUGUAUGUUAAUCAUGGUGUUAGACACAGGAGAUUGGAGGACAUAUAACCAUAGAACUCCACCUCUUAAAAUGCAAAAUCUAACAAAAAGGUCAAUUUGUAAAUAAGUUAUUAUAAUAUAAAAAUUUUUAGCAGGGUAUGUUGAAGGUAUCCUGUUGAAGACAGAAAACAAUACCAUGAAAUAUCAAUUUGCAUGAAGGGAAGAUGGAGAAUCCCUGGAAUAUAAGGAGCAAAAGAUAUUUCCAUCAUGUAGACAGACUUUUUUGAUGCUUCAAAUAAAUGGGAGCCAAGUCUGGAAGAGAAGAUCACCAAAAAUUGCAUGCCUAACCUAGGCCUUUGAUACUUAUACCAUAGGGGUUCUUUGAGGGCUUUAUAACAUCAUAUUUGGUUUACAAAAAAGUGGAGACACAGAAAUGACAAGUUAGUUACUCAAACUCAUUUAUAUCCCUACUGUAAAUAAUCUCUCAAAUAAGGGAAAAAUAGUUCUAGAGACUAUCAAGGUCCUUCUCCAGGUCUAAAAUGUUGUUUCAGUGCUGCUUGGUACUUGUUAUAAUUUGAAUCUAGUGAAUAAGUGUCUGUUAUUGGAAGCAUUUUAAAUUCACACAUUACACUCAUAUAAUUGCAAUGGCUGCUAAUGCUUGAUUAUAUACUCAGAAACGAUAAUGAUAAGUUAGCUAAUUCAUGCUGCCUAGUCCCCUCUUGAAUAUCUUUAAGAAAGAAAAACCUCUGGUAAAGACAACGUGUAACUCAGAUAUGUCAACUAUCAGUACCGUGUAGCACAAAUUGAAGAGACAACUGAGAGCCCAGCUGCUGAUUUGGGCCAAGAGCCACGCCUGGCUCCGUGGAUCUUGGAGUACUCAGUUGACUUUCUGCAUCCUUUACCCGGCUCUUCAGUGUGGUUCUGGAGAAACAUGCUUCAGAAAAUUCAAGUGUGUUUUGUUUCAAAUGUGUAUACUUGUGGUUUUUUAGCUCUUGCAGAGUUUACAGAACUUGGAACUGGCCGAGAAGGUGGUGAGAACACAUGGUGGGAAACCUGGAAAUGUUACAGCUUAGAUGACAUUUUUGCCAGUUGGUCAGUUUGGUGGAUUAUCCUCAAAAACGUACAUCAUUCACUACAGUGAAGAUGUUGGAUUUAAUUCUGUAUUUUUAUAUGCAUUACUUAUAUUUUGCAGAGCUGCUAAGUAUAUAAGUAGAUGAUGUACAUUGCCAUUUUAUAUUUAA